AGAAAUGUCCCAAAGUCCUGACUGUCCUUGUACAACUUCUUCAGCUGGCAACACAGAACAGGUACAGAAGUUGGGUUUUCAUUUUGAAAUUACCAAACAUUUUGGCUGGAUUUAAAACUAGUUUCCUUUCAUGGGUGUUUUCUCUCAUAGAACAAUCAUUUAAGUGGAGAUAUCUCUGUGAAGUAAUCAAGGGCAGUAUGGUGUUGACUUGUAUUUAUUUUCUGUUUCAGAUCAGAGCUGAAAAUGAUCAGGAUCAGAUGACAACGAGUGUCCCAAAUGAGAUAGACCCUGUCCUGGAUUCACUCCCCAUCAAUUCAGAGGAAUUGGAGGAAGAAAUGUCCCAAAGUCCUGACUGUCCUUGUACAACUUCUUCAGCUGGCAACACAGAACAGAUCAGAGCUGAAAAUGAUCAGGAUCAGAUGACAACGAGUGUCCCAAAUGAGAUAGACCCUGUCCUGGAUUCACUCCCCAUCAAUUCAGAGGAAUUGGAGGAAGAAAUGUCCCAAAGUCCUGACUGUCCUCAUACAACUUCUUCAGCUGGCAACACAGAACAGUGUCAAAAACAUCACUUGAUGUGCACAACAGUAUCCUCUUUGGAGAAGUGUACUCAGUGUUUUGGACCUUGUUCUUCAUUCAAGUGGGUUGGCUACCAGUGCAAAGGUUGUUCAAAAGUCUGGCAUUCAUCCUGCCUUAAACAAAUUAUAAAGGAUGAUGGAUCUCAGGCAAAAGAACUGUUUAAGUAUUCCAUAGCUGACUCCUCAUCAGAUAACAACACAUCACCUUCCAAAGAAUGUGAAAUGUCAGAUGAUGACCAUGCAUCUGAUAUUGACUACAUACCAAAUUCAGAAUCUGCAGAAGCUGAUGAAGACUCAGAUGUUAGCAUCCCUCUUCAGCCCAUCAAGUCUAAAGUUGGACAACUUCAAGGAAACCCAACAAUACCCGAUCUCACUUCAUUCUUGCCAGACUCAAGUUCUGUGGUUGAACCUUGCACAUCAAAUUACUGGCCUCCUUUUCACACAGAUGAUAUGGGUGAUGGCACAUUCGAAACAUUCAGCCCAGCCAAGUCUACCAAAGACUCAAACAAUAAACCAAAAAGUCAAAAGGAGCUUCACAAACAGGAAUCCUCACAGCAUAUUUUGAGUGCUAAGAACUAUUGCUUUGUAUGUGGUAGGCCACAGAGCAAAAUUUCACGCCAUUUAAAAACCCACAAGACACAUGCUGAAAUUGCUUAUGCCUUUUCCCUUCCGGAAGACUCAAAAGAGCGCAAUGUUCUUCUAGAAAAAAUGAGAAACAAGGGGAACUUCAAACAUAACUGUGAGGUUUUACAAAGUGGGAAAGGAUCGUUGAAAGUUAAGAGAAAGCCAAAAGCAAAGACUGGAACAUUUAUACAUUGUAUGUACUGCCAAGGUAUGUACAUUCGAAAGGAACUAUGGAGACAUGUGCAAAGAUGCCCCUGUAAGCCACAAAAUGAAGAUUUGAACCAAGGACAUGGAAGAACCAAAGUACUGGGUUUUGCUAUGGCUCAAGAGUCUGCAUUCUGUCAAGAGAUUUCAAGUGGGGUUUGGAAGCUCCUCGGUCCCAUGAAGCAGGAUGAUGUAGCCACAGUUGUGAGAAAUGACCUGACCAUUAUUCAGUUUGCCCAGUCUCUCUACAACAGACAUGGACAAGACCCUACUAAGUAUGAGUACAUCCGACAGAAGCUCCGUGAAAUUGGACGUCUGUUAAUAUGUCUACGGUCUGAAUUCUCUAUACAUAACUUGGAGGAAGCUGUGAAACCUGCUAACUUCCAAAGAGUUGUCCAGGCAGUAAAGAUUGUCUGCGGUUUUGAUGAAGAAAAGCAUUCAUACCAAACACCAAGUCUUGCACUAAAACUGGGACAUACACUACAGAAAAUCAGUGACAUUAUCCAUUGCCGAGCGCUCAUGGCAGAAGAUGAAGAACUGAUUAAGUCAACAGACACUUUCAAAAAGCUGUAUACAUCCAAGUGGUCUGAGUUAGUGUCACAUACUGCCUUGAACACUCUGAGUCAUGCCAAAUAUAAUAAGCCAUUAACCUUACCAUUCACAGAAGAUGUUCAGAGUCUUCAUAGGUACCUUAAGAAAUCUGGAGAAAAUGCAUUUUCUAACUUGAAAGAAGAGGUCAGCCCCCAGAAUUAUGCAGAACUUGCAAAAGUUACUCUUGCACAGGUCAUUGUGUUCAAUCGAAGACGAGCUGGAGAAGUCUCAAAGAUGCGUCUCAGAGGUUUCCAGCAGAGAGAUGACUCCAAGCUCCAUGAAGAUGUUGCUGCUGGAUUGUCCAAGGUUGAAAAAAGGCUCUGUAGCUACUUCAGCCGUGUUGAAAUAAUUGGAAAAAGAGGUCGAAAAGUUGCGGUUCUCCUUUCUCCAGAUGUGGUGGAUGCUCUGACUCUGCUGGUCAGCAAAAGAGAGCAAUGUGGUGUUUGCUCCACAAACAUCUUUCUUUUUGCCCGACCAAGAUCUCAAAGUCACUACAGGGGCCAAGACUGUUUGCGUGUUUAUGGAAGCCAAUGUGGGGCGAAGCAUCCCGAGUUCCUCAGGUCCACGCAACUCAGGAAGCAUGUUGCCACAUUGUCACAAGUCCUCAACCUCAAAAAUAAUGAAAUUGACCAGGUGGCUGACUUCCUGGGACAUGAUAUUCGUGUCCACAGGGAAUUUUAUCGCUUACCUGUGCCAACAACACAACUGGCAAAGAUUUCUAAGCUUCUUUUGUCCAUGGAGAAAGGACACGUAUCUACCCUGCAAGGAAAAUCCCUUGAUGACAUCGAAAUCGAAGAUGAAAUAGAACUAAGUGAGGAUGAAGAAAAGGAAGAUUUAAGUGAUUUGGAUGACUGCGAUUCUGUGGAACCUGAGGAACCCGUGGAAACCGUGGAAUCUGUGGAACCUGAGGAACCUGUGGAACCUGUGGAACCUGAGGAACCUGUGGAGCCUGUGGAACCUGAGCAAAGCAAGAAUAUGGAUGAUUUGUUGGGAGCAGUGUCAUCGACAGCAGAGGAAACUGUCCCUCCUGUUGAAGAGACCUCCUCUGCUGCACCCAGAAGACAACCAAAAAAACCAUGGUCAAGUGCUGAGGUUUCUGCUGUUAUGAGGCAUUUUAAAGCUCACAUAGGUAAAGGAAAACUUGCCACUAAAAAUGAGUGCAAACACUGCAAGUUGGUGGAAGGUCCUGUGCUGGCUCAAAGAACAGCACAAAAUAUCAGGGACUUUGUGAGAAACCGUGGAAUAACUGCUAUGAGGCAGGCACAAAAGAAAAGGCUCUAGAUUUUAUGUGAAGUAAUCAUUUGUUCAAAAGUGUUCCAUUUUGUUCAUGCUACUAAAACAUUUUUUUUGUUGCCUAUCGAACAAUAUUAUCUGUAAAGUCCCGUGACUUAGAGGCUGUUUAAAUGUAUUUGUGUUGAUAGGCAGAAAAGCGUUUUUCUAAUGGUGAGGCAUUUUUCUGUUGUCCAGCAUAAAAAUUAUUCGAAAAGGUGGCAGAAUUUUAAUUU